ACGUGCGGCCCAUGGCCAACCGGUGCGUCGUCGCCCGCACCGACGCCGCCUUCCACUGCCGCGUCACCGGCUACCCCGUCAGCGAGGUCCGCUGGCAGAAGGCAGGGAAGCUGCUUCCAGAACAUCAUCGACAUCAGGUGUUUCCAAACGGAACGCUGAUUGUGAAAGACAUACAAAAAUUUGUAGAUGAAGGCGGUUACGUGUGUAUAGCAACAAAUCCCGACGGACACACCGCCAGGAGCAAGCUUAACGUCCAAGUUCUGGAGGCACCAGAAAUCGAUCCAAUAAUAGUGAAGCCAGACCUCCAGAAAGGCAUGCGGAUGAAUCUGAUGUGUGUCGUGAGCAAAGGGGACUUCCCGAUUGCUAUACAAUGGCUAAAAAAUGGAGUAGCAAUAAAUUACGAACAAGAAGUGUCUGAGAAGAGUUUUGACGAGUAUUCGAGCACCCUCAGUUUCAGCAGCCUUGCGACGAAACAUACUGGAAAUUACACUUGUCGAGCAUCGAAUGCUGCUGCCUCAAGAAACUACACAGUUGAAGUGGUUGUUAAUGGUAUCACCUUUAGCAGAAAUUUGUAGUAUACAAAAUAAUUUCACUUUAGAAUUUACUUAUUUAUUUAUUUUUUAAU